AUGGAGUCAACAGACGGCUGUUCCAUUGUUUCUAGGAGGACUGAACAAUUAGGAUGCAAUGAAGAACUUUCAUGCGAGGUCAUUAAGUCUAAAGAAAUGCGCAAAAAGGUAAAAAAGAUGCUGAAACUGGUUAAUUCAACUCGUUGUGUUCCCCUCAAACUGGUUGAGGUUGUAUCAGGUGAAAGACAGAUCGUGGACGGUAUCAAGGAAAAUAUUCUCUUGAGACUUCGAGAAUCCGGCAGUAAGCAAGUUCUAGAAUAUAACCUCUGCAUGUAUGAAAGGGCUAACGAUCGAAAGAACGUGGAAGUUCGACUCACUCUCAAGAGGCCAACACAACCGUGCUGA